ACCGUAGGGCUGCGCCACCAAACUUGAAGGCUAAGAAACCUGGCUCGAAUACGCCUAUAAUUAUGUGCACCAUGGACGUAUACGUGCACGUUAGGCCACGCGUCUGACGACCAGCGACGCUGGAAUUCCAUUCAAAAUUGUUCCAAAUUCAAAUUAUCAAAAGUGCGCAGUGUGUCAACAUUGAUUCCUGUGGAAGACAUCCACAUUUUCCUUAAUCAGCUGCACGAUGGUGUGCCUAUUUUAUACCGGCAUCGCUAUAGUAGCGGCGUUAUACGCACUAUUCGACGUUAAUUAUUUCAUCCGUUUCGUUUUUAUGAUGAUCUGGGGAAAAUUCGUACCAAAAAAAAGAAAACGACUCACCGAGGACGUUCAUUCGUACGGAUUCAGCACAACGAACGAUGUGGAUUUUUUCAUAACUCAUAUGAACAACGCGCGGUUCAUAAGAGAAUUGGAUUUUGCUCGUCUCGAUUAUUAUCAUAGAACCGGACUUUACGAUGCCGUAAUCUCCAAAGGCGCUACUGUACUUCAAGCCGCGACAACAGCGAGAUAUAGAAGGACUAUGCCAAUUUUCACCUUCUUCCGAGUCGCGACAAGGCUCGUUUAUUGGGAUGAAAAAGCCUUUUAUUUGGAACACAAGUUCAUCACUCUCUCCGAUAAUUUUAUACGUGCGAUAUUUAUAAGCAAGCAACAGCUGACCGGCAUUGAGAUAGGUACAAGCGAGAUAAUAAACCUCGUCGAUCCGGAUCUGCAAGUCCCAGAAGCACCGGAGGAUCUGAAGCUUUGGAUAAAGUACAAUGAGGCAUCUUCCAAAAAAUUACGAAAGUCAGAUUAAUGAUGAUGUGGCUAUUUAUUGUUAGUUUGCAAUUAUAAUUAGUGAAGAGAAAAUCAAAAAUUAUGGAAACAUUCUAAACGAGGAUUUUCGAAUUGAUAAUAUCUGGUACAAAAGUUGAACUCCAUACAGACAUCUCGAUAUCGUAUAAGCAGGUUUCACAUCAAUGCCUCGUGGCAGAGCAUUGCACGUGCGCAAUUGGCGCGCGCCGCAUUUGGUUUCAUUCGUCGUUCGAAUUUUCGUCCCGUAAUUUUUUUUUCAAUUUCACAUCAUUACAUUUCAUACGCGUAUUGAGAGUUUUUUUUGUCAAUCUAUGUUAUUGAUAUCGCGAUUUGAAAUUUAUGUUUAACUUUAAACUUUUUCGACGUCUUGAGGGAUCUCAAAAACCAUGCUCAGACCGCUCGGUAGUGCAGAGUCAAAAUUUCCGAAAGCGAUGAUUCAUGAACAAAAUCCAUGACCACGAGAAAACGUCUUGAAAAUUGCAAUUCUAUCAUCCGACGCCGAGCAUUCGUUUCCGAGAUAUGAUGAAGAACGUGAUCGCGGGUUGAAUAGCUCGAGAUUUCAUGUUUUAGCGGGCCGCACUCGAGCGCUCUCGAUCUCGUUCGUAUUCCUGCCACUCCGCGGCGCACCGCCUGGCUGAAUUUCUCGUAGUAGAAAAUAAUGCUGAAAUUCAUGAGUUCAGUGCUGUCGGUAAUCUAAGGCUAUAAGCUUAGCGUUUUUUGGCUUGGCAAUUUUCAAUUUAAUUGAAAACCCGUAAAUCCUAGUAUUUGAAAAUUAUGAAUAAUGGCGUUCAUAAGUGGUCUGAGCAUGGUUCUUGAGACCCCGCAAAACGUCGCAAAAGUUUCAUCAAGUACAAAAAUAUUCUUGAAAGAGUUUCCCGUUUCAUUUAUAUUCUUCAUUCGAUUACUACUUUUCAACAUUCAAAUACCUAUAUGCUGGUUCAAUAACCUACUGCUCCAGACUCAUCUUAAAGAUUACUUUGCUUUUUAAACUCUCCAACUUUCACAUUCAGAAUUCUUUUUUUGAUUUCUAAAUUAUAACGUACCUAUAUUCAAUCUAGUUGAGAAUAGGGUAAGGUUGUCUGCGGCACUACAGUACUUAAAAUGCAAUCCAUACAAAUGAUUAGCAGAAUCGAACUCGAAUUAGCCGCAGGUGAAUGAUCGUUUUCAUCACCUGAUGAGAAUUAUUGUACAUACAAUAAUGUUUCCGUAUUAACCAAUAGAAUCAAUAAUUACGUAUAACAGAAAUACAGUAUUAAUGAUGUUUUUGUCUUAUCUGUCGUUGAAAUUUCACUAGGUUUUAAUAAAUACAUCUAACAGUCAA